GUGCGAGCGAUGGGUGCGGCAGAGGUGGUUGCGUGGUGCCUGCUGGUCAGUUGGCUGCCAGCGUCGGUGGUAGGCGUGUGGUCGCAUCGCUAUGACCUCCUCUCCUUCUACGGCUACUGGAUCGCUCACCCCAAUGAAACCUCUCUUGUUUAUUCUCCUCGAUCUUGCCGCGCCCUCUGCGUGUUGGAUGAGGGAUGCUCCGCGUCAUCGGCCUCGCCCUCGGACAAACGAGGGGAGUUCGAGUGCAGAGUCAGCCACGUCGCCGAGGCUCACCGCACCAUCUUCCCUCAUGCAGACUCCGUCGCCUUCAUCAAAGAAAGGAAGCCCAAGUUGUUCUUCUGGAGCGAUGGCAAAGACUUCACACCGAGCGGCUUCAGCAACCUCUGCUCCAGCAAAGGAGGAAAAUUAGGGAUCAUUUCUACCAUCCAGGACAUCGAAUACAUCAAGAACAACAUCAUGGCAGAGGUGGACGAUCAGUACGGCUUCUUCAUCCCUCUGGUCGGCAAGAAGGUGAACGGUACUGCAUCUCAAGUGCGUUGGUUGGAGGUAGAACACGGGGUUGACGAUACCUACCAUCCCCUGAACCUCUUUUUCUCCGACAGCAGCUCCGACAAUGGCUUAGUUUGUCACAAAAUCAGCUCUAGGAACGGACUCACUCUGCGACGAAUCAACUGUGGCAUUGGAUCAAGGGAAAAGCUGUUGUGCUACAAGUAUCAGGACUAAUCAUGCGAUUUAGAAUCUAGUGAAUGAGAUCAAAUUAUUAUCACUUGAGUUCCA